AUGGCGGGGCCCGGCGCGGCCCCUCCGCGCCUGGCGCUGGCGCUGGCCGCCCUGGCCGCCCUGGCCGCCGUGAAGUACUACCGGGACGCCGAGGCCGCCCGGCAGCAGGAACUGGCACUGAAGUCUCUGGGAAGCGAGGGACUGUUUCUCUUUUCUUCUCUGGACACAAACAACGAUCUGUACCUCAGUCCAGAGGAGUUCAAGCCAAUAGCUGAGAAGCUGACAGGGGUUGCUCCCAUCUCAGAAUUUGAAGAGGAGGAGACGCCAGAUUCCAGCGGGGAGACAUUGUCCAUUGUGGCUAAAUUCCAGCCAUUGGUCAUGGAAACGAUGACAAAGAGCAAAGAUGGUUUCUUAGGAAUUUCUCACGUUGCGCUGUCUGGGCUGAGGAAUUGGACCGCUCCAGCAGCCCCCAUGAGCGUGAUGUUUGCCAGGCAGUUCAAAGCCUUUCUUCCCCCAAAGAAUAAACUUGAUCUUGGGAAUCCAUGGUGGAUAAUUCCUAGUGAAUUAAACAUCUUCACUGGGUAUCUUUCCAACAACCGAUUUUACCCUCCACCUCCUAAGGGUAAAGAGGUCAUAAUCCACAAGCUCUUGAGCAUGUUCCACCCACGCCCCUUCGUAAAAACUCGCUUUGCUCCCCAGGGAGCUGUGGCCUGCAUCCAAGCCAUCAGCGCCUUCUACUACACCAUAGCUUUCAGAAUCCACGCUGAGUUCCAGCUGAAUGAGCCACCAGACUUCCCCUUCUGGUUUUCCCCAGGACAGUUCACAGGCCACAUCAUCCUCUCCAAGGAUUCUUCCCAUGUCCGAGAGUUUAAGCUCUUUGUCCCUAAUAACAGGUCUCUGAAUGUCGAUAUGGAGUGGCUCUAUGGGGCGAGUGAAAGCAGCAACAUGGAAGUGGAUAUAGGUUACCUGCCUCAGAUGGAGCUGGAAUCGACAGGGCCUUCAAUCCCCUCUGUGAUCCAUGACGAGAAUGGGAAUGUGAUUGAUAGCAGAGAUCCCUCAGGGGAGCCCAUUCAGUUUGUGUUUGAAGAGAUAACCUGGCAGCAGGAAAUCCCCUGGGAAGAGGCAGCCCAGAAGCUGGAAUUGGCCAUGUAUCCAUUUAAGAAGGUUUCCUAUCUUCCUUUCACGCAAGCUUUCGAGAGAGCAAAAGCAGAAAAGAAGCUGGUACACUCAAUCCUACUGUGGGGUGCCCUGGAUGACCAGUCCUGCUGAGGUUCGGGGCGAACUCUCCGGGAGACCGUCCUGGAAAGUUCGCCCAUCCUUGCCCUGCUGAAUGAAAGCUUCAUUAGCAGCUGGUCACUGGUGAAGGAGCUGGAAGAGCUGCAGACCAACAGAGAGAAUGAGUUCUACAGCAAGCUAGCUGACCUGCACCUUGAGAAGUACAACUUCCCCGUGGAGAUGAUCAUCUGCCUCCCUAAUGGCACUGUGAUUCACCAUAUCAAUGCCAACUACUUCCUGGAUAUUACUUCUAUGAAGCCUGAAGAUGUUGAAAGUAGCGUCUUUAGUUUCUCAACCAAUUUUGAAGACCCUUCUACUGCAACUUACCUCCAGUUUUUGAAGGAAGGACUGCAAAGAGCAAAACCAUACCUGCAAACCUAAAAACAGUGGCACCUGACUGCCCCACAGAGAUGGCCAAAGACUUCAGAGAUCUAUUUUCAUUACAGCAGUUCUUCUUCCUCUUCAGGCCAGGCAUUGAUGUUAAGAUGCAGACAGUCCCAGCUCCAGGACUGGAGCUUUGUUCUAGAUGAUCUAGGGCUAAGUUUUGAGUGACACCAGUUUCUGUUUACAUAACCUACCCCUUUGAGUUCAAGCAAUUUUUUUACAGGAGUGAAAAUACUUGAAUCUAUAAACACUCAGUGUGCAUGUACCUUGGUGUGUCACCAACCUUCACAUUUUUCCACCUCCUGUUCAAACUCUCUGUGGUGAAAGUCCUGUAACAGCUAUACCAAGUGUCACCUGCAAACACCUGAUCUCAAGGGCCUGACUUUGAGUUGAUCGUGGAGAACAGCAUUGCCAUUAUGACCAGACAUUCAUGGUGAGUCCCUCUGCCCCGUGGGUGAAGGUACAGAAUCCAGCACAGGUGGAAAGCUCUUCCCUGGUAGCCAACAUCCUCAUACCUCAUCUCCAAGGGCAGUUCUGAGGUUGACUGAGCUGUAAGCUAUUCUACGGCCUGGAUCCCAGCUCUUCAGGAUGGCUUUCAGUGACAGCAAUGGCAACAAUGCCUAAUGUGAGGACUCCAGCUGCUAAUGUGUAGACGUGCAAGUCAGAGGAGCUAUUUAGAGGCCUGUGCUCUGAAGUAGCCUCCUUCCAGUUCCCUGGAUGCCAGAGAUGCUUAUCCUGUGUGACACGGUGCAAGACAUGUCUCACUUACUCAGGUUCUUUGUGUCCGAGGCAGAUAGUGAAGUUGGCAUAAUGAAAUUAGCAGUGGAGAACUAAGUGUAAGAGCUGUGUUGCAGCUUGGAGAUGUCAGGUGUAGAUUAACUGAGGAGGACUGAGGGACCAGAGCCCCUGUUAGUUCCACCAGUGCAGUGUGUGCACUCCAGGUUAUAGAAUGUGGUGGUGAGUGGUGACCCUGUCCUGUUCAGCCCAGGGCUGUCCCCACCCCACAUGCUUUGAGAGCUUUGUUCUCCCAGUGUGCCUCUUACUGGUCGUGAGAUGCUCUCGUCCACAUUUACUUUGAGAGUUUUCACAUCACACUAAACAAAUGAACCAUGAUGAAGUUCCCUUUGGGAAGGGGAAGUUCAGAAGUGGAAGUUCACCAUUGCCCUAAGAGCAUUAGCUCUUGGGAACUGAGCAGUUUUAGAAGCCAGGAUGAUAAAGAAACUUCCACGGAACAUCUUCCACAGAAGAAAUUGUCCAGGCAGAAUGCCACUGUGCCUCAUCUGUAACCAUCCUGAGCAGUCAUUCCUUUUUUGUACAAAUGCUUGGCUACAGGGUGAGUGUAAUUUGGGGAAGGGAGGGUCUAAAUGAAACAGGUUUAAAGCAUAUUCCUAUGGAUAGAUGAGACAAAGCAUCUCCAAUAGAUGGCUGCAAGCAGCCUGGUUGUUGAUGCUUUCUCUGCUCUCUAAAGCACAAUUUAGUUGGACCAAAUCAAAAGGGGAAAAAGCCUUUUUUUGGAAGGGGCAUUUUCAUUCUUGGAAUACGCUACCUGGGAGGAACCAGGGGUCUUUUCUCACCCUGUACCUGUCCUGUCCCCAGCUCUUUUGUCUGUAUCCAUGGCUGGAGACUGAGCUGAGCUUAGAGCUUUGGGCUUACCCAGGAUAGCUUCACUAAUUGCUCUAGUGAAAUUAAUUACCCCUGGGAUGUUUCUCAGUAUCAGCUUUAUAACUAUGCAUUAGCUCUGCACUUUUCUAGCCCUCCAAGGGGCCUGCAGUAAUCACAGGCUUGGUUCUAGCAGUUUUCAGUGAUGGCUAUGGAAAGUGUUGACAUCUCUAGGCAGUGUUAGAGACCGACCUCCAGCUGAUGCACCCACAGUCUUGGUCUGUCUGUGUCCUUAGAGGGGCUUUGGCCCAAGCUGAGAACAGCAGAGGAGGCUGAGUACUACCUCCCUCUGGCUCCUUUGGAAGCACAGUUUUAGUGUAGAUCUGCCCUUCAGGCUUUUAGAAAGCUUCUUUUGAGGUAUUUUUGUUGCACCUUUCUUUAGCGCCUCAGUAAGGGACUUAAGACAUCAAAAGCAGUGUCUGAGAGUUGUACUCGUGCAAAGAAUUCAUGCCACUUGUUUUUCCUUCUGAACAGUUUUGCAGCAGAGCAGGCCAGGCAGAGCAGUGGCUGAAAGCACAAGGAUCAUUUUGUCUCCUCAAGGCUUAGAAAAGUAGAUAAAACAGAGGGGUCAGGCGAGCAGUGCCUCCAAGGCCAGCGCCCAAGUCCCCGUGCCAGGGCUGUUCCCAUCCCUCCGGACGGCUGUCACAGUGGGGAGCUGUUACACCAGUUGGGGCUAGCUGUGGUGCCAGCAUGGCCAUGCGUGGGGCCGCUGAUGGGACGAGGAGGAGGGACGGGUGUCCCCGACACUACUUCAGCAGUGCUCCCUCACAAAGACACUUGUCUAGGCUAUUCCCGUGCAGAAUUAGGACGCAUGCCUAAACCUGUGGUGAGCCUGGGAGUGGAAAACCUUUAGUUUCUCUGAAUUUCACUCGCAUGAACCACAGCCGUGAACUGUUGGGCUCUUGCAGCACAGUCUGGAGUCACUUAUGAGUGUGUCUGAGUGCAAGGUGAUUAACCCAAAGUGCGGCAGGAGAAGUCCUGUUGCUUCACGAGCAAAGUGUUCUGGGGAUCCCUUGGGAGGAGACGUGGCCGUGUCCCCCUGUUAGUCUGUUACCUGUAAAGCUGCCUGAGCAGCUGCCCCUUUCCUGCUGUGUGAUGGCUGGGGUGGACUCUGGGCAGAAACUGUUGUCUGAGGCUUUUUUUAAUACGUGCCAAGCUUUUCCUCGUAUUUGUAAACUCCUUAAGUUUUCCAGUAGUCUUUUGAUAUAUCGGGGCGGGGAGGGGGGAGGAGAUGCUUGUUUUCCCCAUCUCUUGUGCUUUGUGAUGGUCUGGUCUUAAAUCCACAAGUGGGUCAGACCUGAUAUUUGCCAGUGGCGAUUUAGUGGAAAACCAGCACCGCUUCUUCCUCCGCUGGAGCCUCGGUCGGCGCGGCGCGGCGCGGUGCGGCUCGGCGGGCUGCCCAGCUCUGUAGCUCCUUCCUUAAACCGCUGCCACCA